UUCCGGGUUCUAAUGUUUACAGCUGCUAGCAUCGUUGAAACCACAGAGCUGUUUUCCUGGCUGAUAUAAAACCAUCUUUCAUGUAAAAACAACAACAACAACAACAUGUACUUCAAGCGCUAGUGUUUAUACACGGUCACGUGGCACAGGCACCAGACCUCCACCAUCAGAUCCACUGCUGCUGCUCCCAACACACAAUAAACUAUGAAGAAGAAAAGCAGACGUCCACGGUCAUCUGAGAGUUCACGGCAGAGCAGCAGGACACAGAUGACAGUGAGCGACAGUGAGGCAAAGAGGACAUCUGGAAACCGAGGGAGACCUCGAAAGACCGUUCCUGUUACCACGGGGGAUUUUUACCAUGACAACGCUGCAACAGACAAGACCGCUAACUUAGACUUUAGUGGGACAGCUGCUGAUGACACACACAAACAUCCAGAGAGCAAGUCAAAAUCUUCAGGCAGACUAUCCACUGCUAUCUGUCGGCUCUGCCAUGGAAAGUUCUCUCCACGCAGCCUGCGACACGCCUUCAACAGGUGGUCCCAAGAUUCCAUCGAUAUCGUCGACAAUGAGUCCGACGCCGUGGCCCAGUCACCGCUGUUAUUCCACACAGACUUCCAGAGACUGGUCGGGGUCCAGUUGAACCGUGACCCCCGGUUAUCAGAGUUUAUCUGUAAGAAAUGCCACGCCAAGUUCUACAAGUGCCACAGCAUCCUGAUCAGGUUUCUGCAAAGAGUCAACCUCCCACCAGUUGGGAAAGAGAACCUCAAAAGCCAGAAGAAUUCAAAGUGUCCAGAGUCGCCAGUAAAUCACGGUUCAAUAACACCACCGUCCUUUACCUCAGACCCUAAGUGCCUCCACAGUCUGGUGUCCUGGGCUCACCACCAUGGAGAGGCCUGCCGCUCCUGCCCCGACCUGAAGGAGGUGCUGAAGGGCCAGUGCUGGGGCUCCGUUAAGGCCGUGUGGGGUUGCGUUGAUGGUCACAGAUACAUCAUGGACACUCAGUGCACCACGGCUGCUAACUCAGGGUACACGCUGAACUUUAGCAGUGGAGCGUUAGGGAGCGGCAAUGGUGACGGAGUGAUGUCAGAGGAGGAGGAGCUGGAGCAGGAGGAGGAGGAAGAGGAGCAGCCCAGCGAGAAUAGACGGACCCCGGGAGCAAGUAUGAGCACUCUGGCUCAGCACAGCGUGCCGGCAGUGACGGCACAGACUCAGAGCUCAGCACUGGCCGACUGGACCAGCAACACUGAAGAUUUUACAGGUCACGAGGAGCCGUUGUCCCCUGCUCCAGCCCAGCUGGAGGACAGGACCGCUGACAGUGAUCUGUCUGACAGGGUCGUCUCUGAAGAUGAGUUAGAGGAGAGCAGAAAAGGAGGGCUAUCAGACGAUGAGCUGUUCGAGCUGUACUCAGACAAGAGAGCUUGCAGGGUGACCGUCCCCAGCAAGAGAAGACGAAGCCCAAAGGCCCCAGAGGAGCCCAAAAUCAAAAAGAAACCUGGGCCCAAACCGGGCUGGAAGAACAAGUUCAAACCUAAAGGGGAGGAGCUGCCCAACAUCUACAAGUGUCCAUAUCAGGGCUGUACAGCUGUGUACAGAGCUCCUGAUGGUCUGAAGAAGCACAUCAAGGAGCAUCACGAGGAGGUGAGAGAGCGACCCUGCCCUCAUCCCGGCUGCAACAAGGUCUUCAUGAUCGACCGCUACCUGCAGCGACACGUCAAGCUCAUCCACACAGAGGAGAGGAACUACAUUUGUGACCAGUGUGGUCAGACCUUCAAACAGAGGAAACACCUCUCGGUUCAUCAGAUGAGGCAUUCAGGAGCCAAGCCACUGCAGUGUGAGGUGUGUGGUUUCCAGUGUCGCCAGCGAGCGUCUCUAAAAUACCACAUGACCAAACACAAGGCAGAGGCCGACCUGGAGUUUGCGUGUCUGAUGUGCGGGAAGCGUUUCGAGAAGGCCCACAACCUGAACGUCCACAUGUCCAUGGUCCACCCGCUGACUCAGGCUGAGGCUCAGAGGGGCAGCAGCCAGCAGCAGCCAUACUCUGACCUGCACACCAUCACGCUGACCGGGGAGGUGGUUCAGCAGGACCAGGACAGAUGA